CGUCACGUGACUGGCGAAAGCCGUCGCGGAGGCUGGGGGGAGGGGGGAGGAGAAAUGGGCGGGCGGCCGAGAAGGGGGGAUCGCUUGAGACGCGACGACGACGACGACGAGGUUGUCAUGGAGCCGCAGGGCCGGGCUCGCGCAUGCGCCGCCGUACCCACGGGUCGUCCGCCUGUGGAGCUGCGACCCCAGUCCUAGGGCAGUCCAGAUGAAAAGAGUACUGAUGAGUCCCCUCGCAGCCCAGUAAAACAUGGAGAGGAAGAACCCGUCCAGAGAGGGCUCUCGAAGGCUGUCAGCCAAACCAAGCAAGGGCUCGGAGAUGAAAAAGGCGUCUCGUCAGCUCGGCCUGGCAGCUGCUGAGUCAGAUAAGGACUCUGGAUUUUCAGAUGGGAGCUCAGAAUGCCUGAGCUCGGCCGAGCAGAUGGAGUCCGAGGACAUGCUGAGCGCCUUAGGCUGGAGCCGAGAGGACAGGCCAAGGCCAAGUUCCAAGCCUGCGAGUGGAGCCUUCCCGACUCUGUCCCCCAUGGUGGUCAUGAAGAACGUGCUGGUCAAACAGGGCAGCAGCUCCUCCCAGCUCCAGUCGUGGACUGUCCAGCCCUCCUUUGAAGUGAUCUCGGCCCAGCCACAGCUCUUAUUCCUUCAUCCGCCGGUCCCGUCUCCUGUCAGCCCGUGUCACGCCGGUGAGAAAAAGUCAGACUCCAGGAACUACUUGCCCAUUCUCAAUUCUUACACCAAAAUAGCCCCUCACCCCGGCAAAAGGGGCCUUUCCCGCAGCCCAGAAGAACGAGGAGAAGGUGGCAUGCAGAAGAAGGUCUGUACUGAGAGACUGGGGCCCGGCCUGUCUGCUCGCGAGCCAACCAAGACUGGUGCUGGCCCACCCCGGCCCCCAACCCCGGCGCCCCCCAGCGCCAAGCUUGCCGAGGACUCGGCUCUGCAGGGCGUGCCCUCCCUGGUGGCGGGUGGCAGUCCACAGACUCUCCAGCCGGUGUCCAGCAGCCACGUGGCUAAAGCUCCCAGCCUGACCUUUGCCUCCCCCGCCAGCCCCGUCUGUGCGUCCGACAGUACCCUGCACGGGGUGGAGAGCAGCUCCCCGCUGUCCCCGCCGGCAGCCAGUUACAGCUCCGCUCUGUGGGCUGCCGAGCACUUCUGCCGCAGCCCAGAUAGCUUCCCAGAGCAGCGGCAGAGCAAGCACAGGCGCUUUCAAAAUACCCUGGUAGUCCUGCACAAAUCCGGUUUGCUGGAGAUCACUUUGAAAACCAAGGAGUUGAUUCGUCAGAACCAGGCAACUCAGGUGGAACUUGACCAGCUCAAGGAGCAGACCCGGCUGUUCAUAGAGGCCACUAAGAGCAGGGCUCCUCAGGCCUGGGCCAGGCUGCAGGCAUCUUUAACGUCAGGGUCAGGUCAUACCAGCAGUGACCUGGAAGCAUUCUCUGAGCAGCCAGACAUAUAAGAUCGAAGGCAUAUUUUCCUGUUACUUGAGUGCUUCUUUUUAACUCUCUUACUGUUACCUACUCCUGUUUCCCAAAGCUUACGUAAGAUCUUUUCCUUUUAAACUCAGACUGUUCAUUGGUUCACUUACGAAGCCACAUGCCAGGACCCGGCUGCUGUCUGAACCUGUGGUCUAUGCACAGUUUACCUUCGUCUCUGUUCCAGCGAGGACCUCAGGUUUGGGUGUCCUUGAGUCCCUCUUCCUCAGCCUGCAGGCAGUUUGAUGGCUCCUGGGGCAAAGUGUGAGAGGUGAUUGUGCCGGGCCCUUCUAGCUGUCACCUCCCGCCACCCCACUCACCAGCCAUGAUCGAGGGUGCAGUGAUGCCGGCUAGCACUCAGAGCGACGCCUGUCAAGCCAGGGAGCAGGUGACACAGGAGCCCUUCAUGGGUCUUCCCGUGAAGGUCUCAGUGACAGACGAAGGUACAAGAGGAGGGCGCUUGCGUUCCACAAGGCCCUGUGCCCUUUGGCAGGAACCUGAAAUGCUUUGGCACAGAUUGCUCUUCGGAUGCAAGCACUUAAUCACUUAAAGCUUUGUUUUUUUAAACUUGAAAGUCAAAGGGAAAGAGUAGCACUGUUAACUCUUAGACUUUAAUCACAAGCCAGAUUUCUCUUAAAUUGGUAGGUGAAAUACUUCAGAUUUGUAAAGUAUAGAAUGGAUUUAGGACCAUCUGGAGCUACAGUUGAUGAACUGCUUUUUUGACUCAUAGAGUCUGAAGAAAGGAGAAAUGGCUAGCAUCUCUUGGUUAGGAGCUGGAAGAUUCUAGUAAUUUAUGCCUUUUUUUCCCUCUCUUUUUUGAAACAAUGCAACCUGUUUUAUAUGUGAAAAUCUUAAGGACAGCUUCAUGGUUUCCAAUUGUGUAAUCCAAGUCUGCCCUUUGCUACCACUUUUUUUCCCUCUUGUUUUUACAAAAGAAGAAAGAAAAUAUUAUUAAGCUUGAUAAACUUUGAAUUAAAAUCUUUGCAAGGUUAUGACAUACAAGUCUACAAAAACUUGGAAAACAUUCUUGUUAUCCGUUUUCUUUCCACAUCCAGAGUUUUCAUUCGUCUGAUGCCACAGUGAUGUGGAGCAGUCUUCCAUGUUUGUUUUAUGCAUUGGAUUUUGGCAGCAAAGCCAAAGGUAUAAUGGGUUCUGUGAAGUCCACCUAGAAAUAGAGAGUAUUGUGAGAACUUGCAGGUGAUACACAGUUUUUCGGCUUCAUCAUAAACCAGAUUUCUAGGUUGUAAAGUUGCCAACUUCUUAUUCUCCCAUUUAAAAAAUUCCAUUCUCUUGAAAACCUUAAGAAUGACCAACUUCAUUUUUUCUGCAAGGAAAAUGGUCUUGAAGUUCUUCCAAGGCUAGAAGCUAAUGCUAGUCGUAACUCUUAACAUAGUUUUAAAAUUAGAAGGCUUCGAAUUGCCUGCAUAUUGUUUUCAAACGCAGUUUAGAAAUAAACAACCCAGUAAACUCUC